AUGAGAGGACUUCAAGUGAAUAUCCCCUUUCUUCAUGCUAUGUCACAAAUUCCUACAUAUGAAAAUUUUUUUAUGGAUCUUUUAUCCAACAAGAGUAGGCUUGAAGAGAGUGCAACCAUCUCCCUUCCUAAGGAGGUGAGUGCAAUCAUUCAAAACAAGCUUCCUCAAAAGCUUGGUGACCCCGGUAGCUAUGAAAUACCGGUGAAGAUUGGAGACUUGGAGGCUAUGGAUGCUUUAUGUGAUCUUGGGGCAAGUGUGAGUUUGAUGCCCUAUUCUAUUGCUAAGAGUUUGAAAGUGGGAGACUUGAAGCCAACAAGAAUGUCCUUACAAUUGGCUGACCGCACGGUUAGGCUACCUUUGGGAAUUCUUGAAGAUGUGUCGGUUCAAGUUGGAAGAGUAUUUGUGCCAUGUGAUUUUGUGGUAAUGGAAAUGGAAGAAGAUACUACGGUGCCCCUAAUCUUGGGAAGACCAUUUUUGAACACCGCGAGUGUUGUGAUUGAUAUGAAGCAAGGAAGAUUGACCUUGAAUGUGGGAGAUGAGAAAAUAUCAUUUUCAUUCCCACAAACAUUGAAAAAGCUGUUGUAUGAUGAAGUUCAUAGAGUUGAUACAUUGGAAAGGGACUUAGAGAAGUUCCAAGAGAAUUUGUUUGAAGGAGAUCCUUUACAAGCUAUCCUAACGGGAGGCUUAGUUGAGGAAGGUGAAGAAACAAGGGGGUAUGAUCUUUUUCUUAACCAACCUUUAGUCCACAACGAAAAGAAAGUGGAAGUGCUUAAUGUGGAGGUAAAAGAGGAGAGGACUACGCCUCUUUACAAGGUUGAACUUAAACCCCUUCCUCCUUUACUUAAAUAUUCUUUUCUUGAUGAUAGUGAGAGUUAUCCCGUUAUUGUCAAUGCUAAACUUGAUGAUACCUCUCUUGGGAAACUCCUAGUUGUUUUAAGGAAGUAUAGAGGUGUCAUUGGGUACAAAAUUAAUGACAUUAAGGGGAUAAGUCCUACUAUAUGCAUGCAUAAGAUUUUACUUGAUGAUGAUCAUGCUUCCUCGAUUGAGCACAAAGAAGGCUCAAUCCAAACAUGA